CUGGAUUUGGAGGAUUCUGGCAAAGUCCAACAUGUAGGAUGUUUCUAAGGAAACAACAGCGCAACCAGGAGUAAACACUAGAGGCUGAAGCUACGGGAAGAUCGUCGCUGCAUUAAGAAGAUGAAACUGCAAUCAGUGGAGUGCAAAAAACAGGUGAAACUCACGGCGGGCUAACCAGUGGAGGAUCACAUGACCUCAUCGGACACAACGGGUACCGGAAGUAGUGCUGUUACCAGGGCAAAAUACUCUACUCUAUGAGCAGGAGCAGCGUGACGGUUCGACCCUCCAGUUUACUCCAGUUUGACAGCUACCUGAGGAACAGCAUGCAACACUCUUACAGGCUGGACCAGAGGCUACACAUGCUCAGGGAGGAGGUCAGGACGAUGACCCGGGACAAGGAGCGGGGGGAGCAGGUUUGGAGGGACAGACUGCAGCGCGGUCAGCGGCAGCUGAAGGCCAAAGAGGAGGAGAUGAGUCGCCAGUCCCAAUACUGAAACUUUAAAACCCAGCUCCAGCACAAGAUCAGCUUGGCGCGGGACAGAGAACAGUGCCUGCAAAACCGGAUCUACACCUUAGAGAAGCAGCUCCUGGACAUGACUGUGAGUGCAGCCACUGGUAUGACAAAAAUCAGUGCAGUCAGAAUCACCGCUGGGACUGUAACACACUGGGAAGAACAGGAGAGGCUUCCUCCAAUGAGAGGAGAGGGAGAAGGAGAGGAAGAGGGAAAGGAGGAGAGGAGGAGGCAAUGGCAGUCAAGUGUGGGAAAUGAAAGCAAAGGCGAGAACAAAAUACAAGGUGGACCAGUCAAAGACGCAACGCAGACUCCAAAUGAAGCCAGGCUGCAAGGAUUUGUCCUGAGCCUGCAGGAGGACCUCAGGGUGCUGCUGGAGAGAGAGGAGGAUGGGAUGUCAGAGCGGAGGAGACUAAUGGAGCAGCUUCAGGAGGCCCAGGAGAACAGCCACUUCCUGGGAUGCAAGUUGGAGGAUAUGAAGGCAGAGGUGCAACAGCUGAAGCUUUCUGAAAGCUCCCUGAUGGAGGAGGCUGGAGAGCUGAAAGAGAAGAACCAUAGACUCAAGCAGAGUAUUACGGAUGCAGCUAAACACACAGCCACAUGUCCGAGUCCUGGGACCAACACUGUCUCUCACACUGCCACGGGAGAGGUACAUCUAACGUCAGAUGAGGGAACAGGCCAGCCUUAUUCAUCUGUAGUUCCACCUGUUCACCCCCUGGUGGCAGCAGAGAGCCUACAGGACAACACAGAGGAUCGCUCCUCAUCUGCCAAAUCAGAAAAUUCAUCUAAAACCCUUAAAAACAACUCCAGUCCCCAGACACUCUCCUUAACUAAAGAGAAACUAGAUGAGAAUAAACGGGAGACCUGGUGCUCCAAAGGGAUCCUAAAUCUGGAGGUAAGCCCCAGCGAGGAAUCUGAUGCCCUGAUGGAAGCCUACAGGAGCCUGGGUUUAGGGGAUGAUCUCAAAGCACUUCAAGCUCAACGUGACCGCCUGGAGGUCGCCCUGGAGCACACACAGGAGCAGCUGCGGAUGAUGGCUCAGGAGAAUACUCAACUGAAAUUACAGCUCAAGAAAGACUCUGUGAAACAAGAAGCAGAUGCGCAGCAGGGGUCUUCAAACGAAGAGGUUAGCACACUACCAACCAGUGAUAGAGGUGAGGAUGAUCUCGUCCUGGCACUGAAUCAGGAGAACCGGGCCUUGGCAGAACGGAUUCAGGAGCUUCUGGCUCACAUUGAGCUCAGAGAAGAGGAGAUGAAGAGGGAGCGAACACAUCUGAGGGAGCAUAUCUCCAAGCUCGAGGCAGACAGAGUCAGGCUGAAGCAGGAGAGCCAGGAACAAGAGUGUUUGAUUACAGAACUCACCAAGAAGACUGAGGAUGAUCUGAAUAGCAUCAUGGAGCUGCAGCAAAGGUUAGUGGAGAGUGAACAGCGUACAGAGGAAUCACAGAUUAGCAUAAAACUGCAAAGUGAAUUUACAGCUGCAACAGCAGGAAGUUUACAACAGAAGGACCUCGAAGAAUGUGUUGACAGUUUUGUGGAAAAUAUGCUAAAAGGGGAUGAACCACAGUGUGUGUCCAGUGAACAAGCAGAAGAUUUGACUUCAGUCACAGCAGCCAGUUCUCUGCAUGAUAAUCAUGAUCAUCUGCUGAGCAGCCUGCAUGUUAGUGCACUGAUUGAUAAGGUGUCCCAGCUGACCAAGACUGUCCAGAGGCUCAAAACAGAAGGAGAGGAACUGUCAGGCAACCUUAAUACUCUCAGGGAGCAGCAGAGAGAAGUAAGUCUGUCCAUCCAAACGCAGACAGAAGUGAAACAGCAGUUAACUCGGACAGUUUGGGGACUGAAGGAGGAGAAAGACGGCAUCUGUAAAUCUGUGGCUGGUCUGAAACAAGAGAGAGACCAGCUCACGAGGACAGUCUGUGGACUGAAGGAUGAGAGAGAGCAGCUUAUAAAGUCCAUGAGUGGCCUGAAAGAGGAGAAAGAUUCUUUAUCUGGCCUCGAAAUAGAAAAAGAGAAACUGUUGGAAUCUCUCUCAUGUGGAAAAGAAGAAAGAGAUCAAAUCAUGCAGUCACUACAAAGUCUACAGACAGAGAGGAACCAGUUGAGCCAGACCGUGCUUUAUUUAAAAGUAGAGAGAGAUGAACUAACAGAUGCUCUUAAGUGUCUGAAGAAACAGAAAGACGAGGAGCGAUCAUCGUCCACUUCACAAGAAGAGCGUGAAGGGUUAAUAAAAUUAGCCAGCACAUUGAGAGAAGAUAAAGAAAGAAUUGAACAUUCAAUCAGUUGUUUGAAACAGGAAGAAGAGCAGAUAAAGCUUUUAAUUCAGGGCCUAAGAGAGGAAACCAACAGCCUCAAAGCUGCUCUGCCAAGCCAAACACAAACAGAGGGGAAAAAUCAGAAGCAGUACCUGCUGACAACAAACAGCUCUGCAGUGAAGACGACUGAGACUGCUGCUGAAACAGGAGAAAGAUGUCAGACUCAGGACUACGGAGGAAACACUGAACAGGAGCAAAGUGAUCUGAGGAGGGAGAUCGAAGCUUUGGGAGCAGAACUAAAAACAUAUCAUGAGGAACUAGACCAGAGCCGUGUAGAUGCCAAGAGGCUGCAGAGGGAGUUGUGUCAAUCAGAAUCCAGAAGAAAGGAGGCGGAGAGAAAGGCAGCUGACAAGGUUGUGGGGAUGACAGCUGUAGCCAAUCAGAUGGAAGAAACCAGAAAGGAGACUGAAAGCCUCACAACACAGGUGAAGCAGCUGCAGAGCAAACUGAGCAGCCUGCUCAGGGAGAGGACUGAAGCUCUGUCACUAAAGACACAGAUAGAGGAGCGACACAACAUCCUCACAGCUCAGCUCAGAGCUAAGACAGUGGCUCUAGAGGAGCUAAACUCUGAGUAUAUCGCUCUCAAGCGAGGGCAGGGCAGCAAGGAAGAUCUGAGCACUGCUCUGGUCUCACUCAGGACCCUGUACAACGACAUCAGAGCUAAAUAUGAUGAACUUCUGAAAAAGAGGAGCCAUACGGAUUUGGAAAUAGCUCCUUUAAGGGCCAAGCUGUCCUGUCUGGUGGUGAAGUGUCAGGAGAGGAACGGCCUGUUGAUUCAGAUGAUGAAGGACAUGUCCCGAAGAGGCUGUGCAGACUCCACUCUCACACUGCAGGUGGAGCAUCUGCUCAGUGACGCUGCUUUGCUCGACUACACUGCAGCAUUCACACCAGGGAGCAACGUAAAGACACGUGAUUACAGCGCUGGGUUUACACCAGGAUUUAUUUCUAAAUUCCAAGACUGCACCAGUGGAUUCACGGAAGAUCAGACCUGCUCUCCUAUAUCCCCACUUCUAAAUCAGCUUUCCCAAAAGGAACACACACCUGAAUCUGGAGGGAAAUGUAGAGAACUAAAAAGUGAAAAACACUCAUCUUUAGUCACAGCUGAAUCUGACUGCACUGGUGAAGUCACUCCUGUACUGACAGCAACACUGAAGAAACAUGCCAACUCACCCAUGCCAACCUUCCCAGUGCAAGAGCAUGCCCGCCUCCAAGCGACUCCAUCACCUGUUGUUUCAGAACUGAAAGAGAGCUUCAUAUCCAAUCCAGCACAGUUUUCUCCCUCUGCAAGUCUUCCAGAGAAAUUUCAUCUCCAAAACAUGACAGGAAAGUCCUCUCCAGAUCCCAUCCCUUCGGCCAGAUGUUCUCUGAGUCCCACUCCUCUCCCGUCCAGGGAACGUGUCAGUCUGAGCAGGAGGCUGAGUAGUCCUGAGAAGAUCAUCAACCUACAUGAGCAGCUGCAGAGGACGCUCAUGAGCAGCUUUAAGGAUCCAGAGGGCAGAGGAAGAGGACAUCAGCCCAGGAAAUGUCUCUCAUUUUCUGCUUCUGCAGACCUCAGACCAGUCGCUCUCACAAAGAAGCAGAGCCUCAGUUUAAAUGAACAAGACACCAACUCUCUCCCUGUCACUGCUGCUGCUGUGAGCCAAGCUAAGCACACUCCAGCUUUGAUGUCCACAAAUAAGUCUAACACACUGUUUAAUGCAGUCACCUCAAGAUCUGCUCAUGUUACCUUCAGUCCGAACUUGUUUACAUACCAUCACUUUAAAGCAGAAACAUCCAAAACCACAACAUGUGCGAUUUCUAGCUGUCCUCUUGACACUGUGGCAGUUUGCAAAGCCAAACCCAUCUCAAGCAUUGGCACUAAUGUAACGACAUCCACGAAGAAAAUCACUGCCGUCCUCGAUGAAUCUGAUGCAAAGCAAACAGCUCCUACUCCUUUCACUCUGAAGACCUGUACCAUUGACUCUGAUGUCUUAAUAUGUUCUGAGACUAGUCCGAAAACCACCGCCUCAGACACAACUGCCCAGAGGGGACCAACUGCUCUGGAGGAUAACCAUUUCAACACGCCUUGUGAAACGGAUGGUGCUCCCCCUGCAUAUCAUGGACCUUUAUUUGCUGCACCCUGCACUCCACCUGCUCAUUGCUCGCCUGAGAGAUCCAAGACUGCCAGGAAGUCCACCGCUGCUUUACAAAAGAUCAAGACAGCAAGAUCUAAUCCAGAAGCUCCAGCCGAGGUUCGUUCUGUUGCGGUCAUCAGAACAGUCGGACAAAGCAGCCUCCUGAUUGGCUGGGAGAGGCCCCCCCUGGACGAGCUGGGCUGCAGUAAUGGCACAUUUGUGUAUGGGUACAGGGUGUUUUUGGAUGGAGAUUUCCACAAAUCGGUCAUGAGCUCAGCAUGCACCAAGUGUAUUCUAGAGAACGUCAACUUGAGUGUCCCAGUGAAUAUAAGUGUCCAAACACUUGGCUCUAAUGCUCUCACUUCAGACUUUGUCCACACCAUGUACAGCGAGUCAGUCAGAACAGACUCACUGCAAACUGUCACUGUAGGAUGAUUCCAUCUUCUGAAUGAACUUUAACUGCCGUUGGCCGAAGUUUGACAGUGCACAGCCAUCUAUAGCUGCAGCCCUCUCUGGGACCGUCCUGACCUCCACCUCAGCAGACAGCCAGGGAGACUCCGUCACGCUGCUGGGACUCCGGCUCAGGUCAACCAAUCAGAAAUAUCUCGCGUUGUCUCACUUUACCAGCCUAUGAACAAGCAGUGACCUGUGGCUGUCCGCUAAAGUCUUAAAAUGAUUACCUAAAGAUGUCAUACAAAACAAAACUCUUGCUUCUGCGCAGAGAGUCUGCAUGUAAAAGCAGGGGAAUAACUGCUGAUUCUCGUUGGAAGAAGUUCCUGUUUCAGAGACUAACCGGCCGGAUUGAAUGUAUAGGAAGAGACUGCCAGGCUGAUAAAAAGUGAUACUUCACUGCAAACUAUAUGAAGCUAAGAUCAAUGACUUUCCAAAUGCUGCCUGUGACACGACAUACACCAACAAUGUUAAGACUCAAAAAUGUUGGAAGGACAUCUCCCGCACAUUCUAACACUGUGUGAAACACAGAGUGUCAUCUUUGCUGAGCGGACGUCCCCUCUGCUGCCGCUCUGGACACUGUGACAUGAACCACUGGCUAAAGGGACACGUACUGUAUCAAAAGCCUUUUUAAAAUCAACCUAUACUGUAUGAUGUACAGACGCAACAUUGUACCCGCAGGUCAUCUUACUUGAUUUUUACACAUGAAGCCAAAUAUGAGAAAAAAAUUAUUCACUCCAAAGACUUAUCUGUCUCCUUCUGCUCACAGGUCUACAGGAUUACUUCAAACUCAGAAGCUAUUUAAGUUGAAAUUUGCACACAGUUAUUAUUGAUAUUUAGAAGAAGAAAUAAAAAAAGAGAUUAUCACAUAUUUUUUUGUAGAAAAUAUUAUAAAAAAUAUGCCACAAACUGUAAGUGUUUUUGUACGAGUGACACUUCUUUUUAAAAUCUAAUAGAUGUCAUGUUUGCACGCUCAUAUUGUUUUAUACACACACACAUGAUGUUCUUUUAUGAAUUUCUUUUACUACCUACUGUAUGUACGGGUGUGAAUUGAUCAUGGUGCAGCAAAGGUAUUUUUAUAUCAGUGCUAGAAAAUAUUGAUUCCUGUACAGAGAUUAAAUGUUUAUAUGAUAUUAACUGUCA